AUGUCUUCACAAAAUAGCAUUUAUAGUCCAGGUCAAUUCAUGAACCCUGGACCUGCGCCUCGACCUCCUGCUGGCCCUCGAUUAAAUUACACUCCUACUACCUCGAAUGUUCCCGGAAAUGUGUCUGCACCUAACAUCUCCCAGUUGAGCAUCAAUUCUCCCAUCACCAGAACUGUUUCAUCAACAUACUCCGGUUCGACCGUCUCUCUGCCUUUAGCUCGACAACAGACCAAUAUGGAUGGACAAGGAGGUGUCGCAGUGAUCAAGGAGGGAUGGGCUUCGGUAAAGGAGGGCAAGAACUUUAUCAGUCCUUGGAAGAAUAAGUGGCUCAUCCUCCGCAAAGAAGCACUCGAUUUUCAUAAGACUGAGGGUGGAAAAGUUGCAUAUCAAAUUGUGCUCAAGGACGUCCUUGGAGUUUCGAGAGUUGAGGCCGCUGGAACCAUCUUCGAAAUCAGGAGAACAAUGAACGGCUCAUCGAACAAUCCAGGGGAUGAUGACAGUUCUGGGAGAACUCUUCAGAUCAAGGUCAAGACUGACGAUGAUUUGUAUGAAUGGAUCGAUUUCAUUUAUGCACGUUGCCCUGGCAUGGGCGGUGUCAGCAACCCAACCAAUUUCAGUCACUCCGUCCAUGUCGGUUUCGAUCCCAACACCGGAGAGUUUGUCGGAUUGCCUGCAGAGUGGUCAAAAUUGCUAAAUUCGUCAGCUAUUACCAAGGAAGAUUAUGAGAGAAAUCCUCAAGCUGUUUUCGAGGUCUUGGAGUUCUACUCUGAUAUUACCAAGCGUCAACAGAAUCCACAGCAAUUUUCGAGUUUGACUCCUACACCAUCAGUCGCUGCUAAUCAAAAUAAACAACUUGGUUACAUGCCAGGAAACUCGGUUGCUCCACCCAGACCGCUUCAGCCUCAACAGCAACAGCAGCCAAAUAACAACGGAUAUGGCUCUCCUCAACAGCAGCCUCGAAGACCCACACCUCCCGAGCAAAGUCAGCAGCGCAACCAAAUGCAGCAAAUGGCAGCGAACUAUGUUACUCCUGAUCAACGCGAGGAACAGAGACAAGCGCAAUUGGCAGCACAAAGACAGCGGGAACUAGAGGUGGCAGAACAAAAUCGACUUGAUAUGGAAGAAUACAACGCGACAAUCCCUCAAACUCGCAUUCCAAUGGCCAAGCAGGAGAUUGGAGGUGGUGGUUAUUCGAGCAAUCCUCAAGAUCGAUACAAUCCGACUCGUGUGGCGCCUCCUGCUCCCCGACCGCAGAAAGGUCAACAGACUGCUGCUCAAAGGCCAGCGCAGAGACAAGCACCGUCUGCACCAUCUGCAAGCGAUUCGAGCAGACCACCACUUAAUACCCAGCAGAGCUCGUCUUCAGUUAGAGAUCAAAAUGGGUCAAAUAAAUCACCAUCGGAAAGACAGGAUCCUCGAUAUCCUAACAGUCAAACUUCUAGUCCUCAGCAGCAGCGACCGGCUCAGCAACAACCAUCUAGGUUACCUGCCCCAGUUAACAAUGUGAAGCCACUUAAUGUCGCUCCCAAACCAGCUACCAAUGGUGUUCAACAGAAUGACGCAGUCAAGGCUGCAGAAGCUGCUCUUACUGCCAAGCCAGCCGCCUCUGAACGCACAAAGGACGUUAGAAUGUCAACCAUGUCCGAGAAUGAAGUCAUGGCUAAGUUGAAAGAGGCUGUCUCCAAGGAUGAUCCUAACCUUUCCUACUCCAAGCAGAAGAAGAUUGGUCAAGGUGCUUCUGGUUCCGUCUAUGUUGCGAAGGUGAAGGAGAAUCCGGCAUCUCCAGUUGCUCGUGAAGUUCUACGUCAACAAGGCAGCAAAGCCCAAGUUGCAAUCAAACAAAUGGAUUUGGCGCACCAGCCGAGAAAGGAGUUGAUUGUAAAUGAAAUAAUGGUUAUGAAGGAUAGCAAGCAUCGAAACAUUGUCAAUUUCCUUGAUGCUUUCUUACGAAACAACUACACGGAACUCUGGGUUGUCAUGGAGUACAUGGAAGGAGGUGCCUUGACUGAUGUUAUUGACAAUAACUCCAACAUUACUGAGGACCAAAUUUCCACCAUUUGCCUUGAGACCUGUCGUGGACUCGAGCAUCUUCAUGCACAGAGCAUUAUCCAUCGUGAUAUCAAGAGUGACAACGUUUUGCUCGAUGCACGUGGUAAUGUCAAGAUUACGGAUUUCGGAUUCUGCGCUAAGCUCACUGAAUCUAAAUCUAAGCGUGCUACCAUGGUCGGUACUCCUUACUGGAUGGCUCCCGAAGUUGUCAAGCAAAAAGAGUAUGGACCAAAGGUCGAUAUCUGGUCUCUUGGUAUCAUGGCUAUUGAGAUGAUCGAAUCUGAGCCACCGUAUUUGAAUGAGGAGCCUCUCAAAGCUCUUUAUCUAAUUGCCACCAACGGUACACCUCGUCUCAAGAAGCCCGAAAAAUUGAGUAAAGAACUCAAAGCUUUCUUGUCCGUCUGUCUAUGUGUCGAUAUCAGAAGCAGAGCAUCCGCAGAUGAACUGUUGAUGCAUGACUUCUUGAAGCACGGCUGCGACACUGCUAGCUUGGCUAACCUCCUCCACUUCCGAAAGAAUGCCAAAUAA